AUGCUUCGCCAAUUUGUCCGUCCCGCUGCUACUGCCAACCGGGCAGUCUUCACCCGCUCCUUCUCAGUAGCUGUCCCUCGCAUGGGCGAAGGUGACACCGGUGCCCCCGCUCGGGCGGUGGUGCCUCUUCCGGGUAAUGAUGCGUUCACCAAGCGUGAGGCUGCCCAAGAGAGCCUUUACAUCCGUGAGAAGGAGCUUGAGAAGCUUGCUCAGCUUAAGAAGAAGAUUGGCGAGCAGCGCAAGCACUUGGAUGAGCUGGAGACCCACAUCGAUGGCUUGAGCCGCAAAUAG